CACAGAGCUGGGACUGAACUUUGUCCUCACAGCAGAGAGAAAAACAACAGGCAGGGUAUAAAAGGGGGGAGAGGCGGAGGACGGGACUUGUUUUUGUUCGAGGAGUAGAAGCAACGCAGAGCUGAGCACAGAGAAGAAGACGCUUUUAACGGAGGGUAGAUCGGGGGAGUGAAGAGGCACCGCAGGCAUGUGGGCGUGCCUCAGCCUGCUCCUCACUCUCUGCCUGCUCCAUGGGGGCGGGGCAGAGAGUGACGGAGGGGGUGGGCGACGGUGUCAGCUGCCACCAUCUUGGCGGAUAGGGGAGGUGGAGCCGAUGAAGGGGGCCAUGGGCAAGGUGACGGUGGUGGCCCUCUUCCAGGCCAGCUGAUUGUUCUGUUUGGUGCAGGCUUCCAGAUUGGAACAACUGCGCCAAAAGCUUGAACGUCGGGGCCUGAGGGAUAUUGUCUACAUCGUCAUCAACGACCAGGGGGAGCAAGCACAGCGCCUGCACCCACUGCUGGCUGAGAAACUGUCAGAGAACAUUGCACUGUACCAACAGGAUGAACAACAGCCUAAUGUCUGGCAGACACUCAAUGGAGUGAAGGAUGACUUUCUCAUUUAUGACCGGUGUGGCCGUCUCACACACCAAAUUUCACUUCCAAAUUCCAUCAUUGGACUUGGCCAUGUGGAGAGCGCCAUAAGAGAUACCUACUGCAUACCCGUCUGUGAAAACUGCACCUACAAUAGCGCUGAGCCACCUGAAGAGUGCACAAGGAUCCCAGAUGUGCAGCCUGAUGAUGACAACCCACCAGACACUGGUCACCAUCAAGGUCAUGGCGCUCACCAGCAGGGUCAUGACCAUGGCCACCAAGGGGGCAACCACGGCUCUCACCCCCAUGGCUCUGGUCAUGGCCAUAAUGACAACCACGGUCACCACCAUGGAGGCCAUGGUGGUGGUAACAACCACGGUCAGCACCAUGGAGGCCAUGAUGGUUUUGGCCAUGGUCAUGAUCACAAUAAUGGUCAUGAUGGUAGAGGUCAUGGACGCGACAACAGCCAUGGUCACGGCUUUCACCCCCGUGGCUUAGGUCAUGGCCGUGAUGACCACCAUGGCAAUCACCAUGGAGAUCAUGGUGGUGCUGGUCAUGGCGGUGACCAUCACGGUGCUAGACAGCAAGGGCAGGAGCGAGAUGUAUCUCACAGUCAACAUCAGUCAGACUUAGAGCAGCUGGUAGCACUGAUGCCGCAGAUGCAGCAAAUGCAACAGGACGCCCCUGUGGCUCCCUGAGUAGUAGAGAAGGUGAGGUGAAAGUCAAAGUACAGCUGACAGGGGACAGCAGGCUCUGACAACGAAGCCUCUCCUAAGUCCAGCUGAUGCUGACACUGACGCAUGCUGUUUGGUGACGCAGGGAGCGAGCAGCCGGUCGGUCUCUGACACUGUGACAGGGCGUUGCCCGCCUCCUGACAGUGACACGGACUGGCAGGCGAUUUUGCCAAUACUGUUAGAGAGAACUGACAGUGACGCUCGCCUCCUGCUGACUGACAGCAGCCUCAGUCAGCCCUGUGAGCCUGACCCCUCGGUGGUAGCUGAGCGUGAGAGCAGCUGUAAGCUGGCUCUGACAUCAGAAACACCAGGGGCCCAGCGCUCUUUUUACCAACUAGUAUUGCCCUGAGAGAGGAGGAGGGUGAUCCAUGACAGCAUGGGAGAGAUGAACAGGUGGAGUCCAACAUCACUCUGAGCUAGACUAAAUCAGCACCAUCCAAAGCGAUGACGAGCAGCAUGUUAACCUAAGAUCAUGAAACAGGAAGAAGUGAUGUUGUUUUUCACCUGUUUGCCUGUCAGCAUGUCUGUCUGGGUCACUCUCUUCCUUUCUCAGGUGUGUACGUGGUUGUUAUGUUCAUCAACUUCCUCUUCCAUUAUGCUCUCUCCAUCCGUAAUGAAUCCAGGCGCAGAAACUACGCUCUAGUGGCGUCUGUAUGAAGUCAGGCAGGAGAGGGCGGAGCAGGUAGAUCAGGAACAUAAUAAACACUUUAGAUAGUGAAGGAUAUUUGAGGGAUUGGACAUAUAAGAUACUGAAAUGGAACAACAAAAGCAAUAAAAAGUAAGAAGUGGGGAAACUUUUACAGACAAUCCAUCUAUAUGACAAAGGUAGUUGCAAAAAAUAAAGUAAUAAAUUCCUGUUGGAUUUACCAAAUUUGGUUUCAAGAAAUAUAAAAGCACUGUCCCUUUUCUAAAGCAAAAGUCAUGAAAUCCAUGUAAAUGCAAGCAUAAACAUGUACCAGUAAUAUGGUUUACUCUUUGUUCUAAAACACAACUAACAAGAAGACAUUUCUUCUAACAAACAUGCACAUUUUGGAUGUAAAGUUCUGCACAUUCCUGCUAUUUUUACUUUGCAUUGUUCUGAUAUUCUCUGUAGUUUACAAACUGCACACAUUUCUAAGAAAAAAGUACUUUAAAAUAAAAAAGGCUCAGUUGUUUAGAAAAGGUUAAAGGGGAAAUGGAAGUAGAUGGAUUAAAAAGAGAUGGAAUACACUCUGUACUUUAUGAUGGUUUCAGUGGGAAGACUAAAGUCACCCUGAAUACCUGAUGCCUGCACAGAGAAGUGUAUUGUGUUAAGGUUGAUGAACAUGGAAUGAGAGUUGAAUAAAGAUUGUUGAGUUACA